AAAUUUUUGGAAGUUUAAAACGGAAAUAAAAUAAGUUUCAAGUGUAAAUUAGUGAAAAAAGCGUCAAGGAUGUCAGGAUUAAAGUGAUUAUCAGUCGAGGAUGAGCGUUCGUCCAAGUGUCCAGCAUGCGUGUCACCCCAAACGGCAACAGACGAGGAUUCUUCCAGUUUUCGCCAAUUCUAGUCACGUUUUUAGCGUUUGCCCAAUUUAGGUACGUUUGUUGCAUUCUGUCGCUGAACGCCGAAGUAAUUUGCGCGCGAGUGUCGGGACUGACGGCGAAACAGCGCGAAAUGUGUCGUACAGAUCCGGAUGCGAUGGUUGCCAUCGGGGAUGGAGUCCGAUUAGCUCGCCAAGAAUGUCGAUAUCAAUUCCGGCAUCAACGAUGGAAUUGCACAGCAAUUGGAAAUCCGGAAUCUUUUGGACACGUUGUUGUUGUUGGUUCAAGAGAAGCAGCUUUCACCUACGCGAUACACAGCGCAGGGGUGACCUACGCCAUUACAGCCGCAUGCGCACGAGGUAACAUCUCCACCUGCGGAUGUGCAACAGGUCCACGCCCUCGGGAACACCCUGCUGGAUGGAAGUGGUCGGGGUGUAGUGUAGACGUUGCAUUUGGGAUGCGUUUUGCGCGGAAAUUCCUCGAUGCCAGGGAACUUGAAGGCGACGAGCGGUCUCUCAUGAAUUUACACAAUAACAAAGCUGGUCGUAAGGCGAUUAAAUUGAAUCUCAUCACCGAAUGUAAAUGCCAUGGUGUAUCUGGCAGUUGUACGAUGAAAACCUGCUGGAAAUCUUUACCACCAUUCCGCCAUAUUGGUGAUAAUUUAAUGAAAAAGUAUUAUCGCGCACGGUCGGUAGCCACCAUGACAGCACAACCUCAACUUACAUUACACAAACGUCUAGCUCCGAUUAGACCUCAAGAUUUACUCACAACCACUGGUAAAAUUCAUCUAGUGCUUAAAAAAGGCAGAAUUCCCACGAAAAAACGUCCAAAACAAACAGAUUUAGUAUUUUUACAAUCAUCUCCGAAUUAUUGUGAGAAAGAUCUGGCGUCUGGUUCACUCGGAACCUACGGCAGGAAUUGCAAUAGAACUUCACAAGGUCACGACGGUUGUAAUCUCAUGUGUUGUGGACGAGGAUACAACACGCACCAGUUCAAUAGACAGUGGCAGUGCAAUUGCAAGUUUCACUGGUGCUGCCAGGUGCAAUGCGACACGUGCAGCGAACGAGUAGAAGAAUACACCUGUAAAUAGCGUUGCCAUGUUGGCGACACCCUGUAGAAGGAAUUACUUAUAUGCAUAUUUUUAUACGUCUAUUAUUCGUUUCAAGUCUGAACGCGAGGAAUACUCAUUUAAUGAUAUAAUUUAUUGCGGUAGUGUCAACAUGUAAAUAGUUUAAUUAUUAGUAACGGAUUAAUUCAUUUCUAACGCUAAUGAACGGAAUGCUGAGACGGUUUGAUUAAUUACCAUCAUUGAAGUAAUUGCACAUAUUAAUAUCAAAGUGGAAUAAAAAUGAUUAAUACCGACAUGUUUUAUUUA